AUGUUGAUCUUCUGUGCCGUGUGGGUGGCCUUUGUCCCUGCUUAUAUCAACUCACCAGGAAAACACGCAGAUGCAGUGGAGGUGUUUGCUAUCCUGGCUUCCAGUUUUGGCCUCUUGGCAGCGCUGUUUGGACCCAAGUGCUACAUAAUCCUGCUGAGACCAGAGAGAAAUACAAAGAAAGCUAUCAUGGGUCGAAGCACCAAAGUUAGAAUCACUUCCAUCAUUGCCACAAGAUCUGGUGCCAGACGAAAGAGGCCCUACUCUGGACAGCUGAACAGAAUAAACAAUUUGCCCACUGACACCAAACUGCUGCACCCAACUAUCAACCUGGUCAAAAGGCUCUCCACCAAAGACAUUAAGAUCAAGGAUACCCCCAGAAAGCUUGCCCCUAGGUCCCAUACUUUGGACCUUGUCUUCUCUUUUGGUCUCAUCAUUGACCAGCUGAGUGUGGUGGAUGUUCCUGUCACCGACCACUGCUGUGUGGUGAGGCAGAAUCUGACAGGCCUGCAGUGGUUGGCGAGUGAAGCAUGGACCACAGCUGCUGUUCUUCAGACGCCCCACCUCAUGCCGUACCUGGGUGGUACGCUGGGUAUAGCUAUUCGUCGAGGAGAGAUACCAGGCCUCAAAAACUUCCUGUUAGAAAUACGUCCUGAUUUACUUCACAACAACAGCAAUGGAAACAGCAUGGUGAACCAGUUUUGGGAAUUCAUAUUCCUGUGCAAAUUUGCACCACCUCCAACAGGCUGGGUGGAGAAGGGUGGAACACUAUGUAGUGGAAAAGAGGAUUUUAGAGGUGUGGAAACAGAGUUUUUGGACAUUUCUAACCUCAGGCCUGAGUACAAUGUGUAUAAGGCUGUGUAUGCACUGGCAUAUGCUCUUCAUAAUAUGCUGCAGUGUGAACCAAGCAGGGGGCCUUUCAGUGGGGGUAGUUGUGCUGAUGUACACACACUUCAGCCAUGGCAGCUUUUAUAUUACUUGAAAAAAGUCAAUUUCACCACAUCAUUUGGUGAUCAGGUGUCGUUUGAUGCAAACGGUGAUGCUUCACCAAUUUAUGAUGUUAUGAACUGGUUGUGGCUCCCUGAUGGACGAACUGAGGUUCAGUAUGUGGGAGAUGUUAAAAUGUCAGUUCUUGAGGGUGAAGAAUUGACGCUUGAUGAAGACAAAAUCUUCUGGAACUUUGAGCCCAAAAAGCCACCGAGUUCAGUGUGCAACGAGGGCUGUCCUCCAGGUACCCGCAUGGUGAGAAAGAAGGGGGAACCUUUGUGUUGUUUUGACUGCAUCCCUUGUUCUGGUGGGAAAAUCAGCAAUAAAACAAAUUCCUUGGAGUGCUUCAGCUGUCCAGAGGACUUCUGGUCCAGCCCCCAGCAUGACCACUGUGUUCCUAAGAAAACUGAGUUCCUGUCCUAUCAGGAGCCUCUGGGUAUCUGUUUGACAGCUGCUUCAUUACUGGGCACUUUUAUCUGUGCUGUUGUUCUGGGGAUCUUCAUCUGUCACCGCAGUACACCUAUAGUCAGAGCCAACAAUUCAGAACUGAGCUUUUUGCUCCUUAUGUCACUCAAACUAUGUUUCUUGUGUUCGCUGCUCUUCAUUGGACAACCCAGACUGUGGACAUGCCAACUGAGACAUGCAGCAUUUGGGAUCAGCUUUGUUCUUUGUGUCUCAUGCAUCUUGGUUAAGACAAUGGUGGUUUUGGCUGUGUUUAAAGCCUCCAAGCCAGGAGGUGGAGCAAAUCUCAAAUGGUUUGGAGCUAUGCAGCAGAGGGGGACCAUUUUAGUUCUUACUUGCAUUCAGGCAACAAUCUGCACCACUUGGCUUGUCUUAUCCUCACCUGCUCCACAUAAAAAUACCCAGUACCAUAUUGACAAGAUAGUAUAUGAAUGUGCAAUUGGCUCUACUGUUGGUUUUGUUAUGUUAAUGGGCUACAUUGGAAUAUUAGCUGUUCUUAGCUUUCUUUUAGCAUUUUUUGCAAGAAAUCUUCCCAACAACUUCAAUGAGGCCAAACUCAUCACUUUCAGCAUGUUGAUCUUCUGUACUGUGUGGGUGGCCUUUGUUCCAGCCUACAUCAACUCCCCAGGAAAAUAUGCAGAUGCAGUGGAGGUGUUUGCUAUCCUGGCAUCCAGUUUUGGUCUCUUGGCAGCACUGUUUGGGCCUAAAUGUUACAUACUUCUGAUGAAACCAGAAAAGAACACAAAGAAAGCUAUCAUGGGUCGGAGCAUCAAGUUAUAA